UACUAAACGGUGGAUUUAAUUUUGAGAUCGACAGAGGAGUUAAUUAUAUAUAGGCAGCAAUGGUGCAAUGCCUGGGAGACAUGUUAGGAUGAGUGUGAGGUGGGCGUUUAACUUCCGGGCGUGGUCCCCGACCGCUGAAGACUGGACACUAUGUAACCAGUGUAUACAACCUGAAGAAACACAUAGGAUCAGCAAGUUUGUGUUCAAGAAAGAUGCCAAGUCUUCCAUGAUUGGACGGUUGAUGAUCAGAAAGGUUGUAUCAGAAUACCUUAACAUUCCAUAUAAGGAGGUGGCUUUAGGGAGAACAGAGAAGGGAAAGCCUUUCAUAGCCAACAGGUCCAAUGUUGAUCAUUUUAGCUUCAAUGUUUCCCACCAGGGGGAUUAUGCUGUCCUUGCAGCACAAGGGAACUGCAUUCUUGGUGUGGAUAUCAUGAAAUUGGAAACACGAACUGAUGUGGCUAGCUUCUUCAAAACAAUGAGGAGACAAUUCACUAAUGAGGAAUGGAGGGUUAUCCAAUCACCCGCCACUGACAAGGAAAAACUCAGACUGUUCUUCAGACUCUGGUGCUUGAAGGAAAGUUAUGUGAAAGCACUGGGUGUAGGCAUUGGAUUUGAGGUUGGCAGAUUGAACUUUGACCUUACAACUCGAAAUAUAGACUCUAAUGUUACUACAGAUACCACAUUGAAAAUAGAUGGGACACCAAUGUCAGAAUGGGCUUUUGAGGAACAGUUGCUAGGCAACCAUUGUGUUGCAGUAGCUGUAAACAAAAAUAGUAGAACAUCCCUAGAAAACAUGGAAAACAAGAAGAUAGCGACAGAAUUGCUGUCUUCUGCUGGAGAGUUCAAGGUGCUAGAUAUUAAAGAUAUUAUCAAAAAUGUUGAGCCUCUUUCAGAACCAGAUAUGUCAUUUUGGGAGAACUUUCAGCCAAAAGCAGAAGACCCUAGUCAGUGGAAAAGUAAACAAGCACAGAAGUCGUGACAAAAUUCCAGCAUACAUAUGUUAUUCCAGUGCCUCGUCAUAACAUCAUAGAUUGUUUAUAGAUCUGAGUAAUACUAAGAUCAAGAACAAGUAUUGCAUGUAGCUGCACUGAAUCAAAGAACUUGAGGUGUGAAAAUUUUCAACAAAUUAUGUUUGAGAAGCUGUUUAGGAAAAACUUAUCAACACUGUUUAAAUUACUGCUACUUUCGGUUUCGGAUCUUCUGUUUGGCAAACUAGGCUAAGAUACACAAUUCUUUAAGAUAACAGCGAGGAAAAUAGUCCUCAAGUUGAUUGUCAUAUUAAUCAGAAUAUUUCAAGGCAAAAACAGAGGCAAAGUCACAAACAAAGUAAUUUGAUUGGUGUAGAGCAGGUUUCAAGACAAAAAAAUCUGACCCAUCACCAACUGAUAUAGUCCUUUGAAGAUUACAAAAGAGUGACACCCAUCUUCAAAGCCAGUACGGUAUAUGGUUAUGGGAGAUGGAGAUUCCUUUGAUAUAUAUCAAAGAAUCAAGCUAGACAUUUCGUCUUAACAAGGUGACACAUACAGAACCUUACAUUUUGUCAUGAAAUGUUCCAGAGGUGUAGAGAGCGAAGGUGAUUGUAACCCCUGGAGUAUCUAAUAUGGAAUUUGUGCUAAUAAACUGAUAAUUACAUUUGAUACCAUAUGGCAGGUUAUUUUCAUAGGGAUAUUUUUCACUAUUCUAUGGUACAUUAAAAUGAUCAUUAAAAUUUAAUGUAUGAAAUAACGAGAUACAUGAAUUGUAUUACACAUGAUGAAUAAAAAUAAUUUAUUUGUUUUAAAAGAAAUCGUUAAAAUUUUGACCUGUGAAAAUUACAGACUGUACAGUAUUCAAAUAUGUUUGAAAGGGAACAUUUGCAACUGAAUAACCUUAUAACAUCACUCACUCUGACUUUAUAGUUACGUUGAGCUAAAACAUUUUGGUUUCGUUAUUUUCUGUUGAUGUUCAGUGUUUUGUGUUAGCAAAGCUGUCUUUAAGAGAUGAGAAAUAGUCCUAGCAUUAUUAUGUAAUUAUUGCUUGUGACUAUUUUGUGAUUUAUGUUGUUGACACAUGCUGGUUAAAAGUAACAGUAGUUUGAUGUCAUCAAGUGAUUUGUAGAAUCAUCAUUAAAAUUACUGCAGUGAUGAAAACAGUGUUAUAAAUAUUCUUUUAUUUUCUUUAAAAAUCAUUU